UGUUCUUUUUGAUGACGUAGGAAACAAAUUGAUGUGUCAAGAUUUUUAUCCGAUAAAAAGCAAAAUUGUAAUUCAAAAUAAAACAGGAAUAUUUUCACUUAUUAAAUCAAUAAAAUGGUUUCGCUGAUUCAAACUAUAGAUACAGGCCAUGAAGAUAUGAUACAUGACGCUGAAGUUGAUUACUAUGGAUUGAGAUUAGCAACUUGUUCUUCGGAUAAUAGCGUAAAAGUUUAUGAUAUAAAAAAUGGGCAUGCCUUACUAGACGAUUUGAAAGGACAUUUUGGCCCUGUUUGGCAAAUAGCUUGGAGUCACCCUAAGUUUGGAAAUUUAUUAGCUUCUUGUUCUUACGACAAGAAAGUCAUUAUAUGGAAAGAAACAAAUGGCAAAUUUAGUAAAUAUUAUGAAUAUGCAAACCAUGACUCCAGUGUUAAUUCUGUUCAAUUUGCUCCUGCCGAGUUUGGUCUUAUAUUGGCUUGUGGAAGUAGUGAUGGUUCGAUAUCUAUUCUUACAUACAUUAUGGAAAGCAAUUCAUGGGAUGCUAAGAAAAUUCAAAAUGCUCACGCAAUAGGAUGUAAUGCAGUCUCUUGGGCUCCUGCGAUUUUUCCGGAGUCUGCACUUGAUAACAACAGUGAACCAUCUUUAAAGAAGAUGCUGGUGUCUGGUGGUUGUGACAAUUUGGUUAAAAUAUGGAAAGAAGAUCAGGAUCGAUGGGUUGAGGUAUCUAAACUUGAGGUUCAUUCUGAUUGGGUGAGAGAUGUAGCAUGGGCACCUUCAGCUGGUCUUCAUCAGCAUACCAUUGCAAGUUGUUCACAAGAUAGAAGGGUAAUCAUAUGGACUAGUGAUGAUGCUAUAUCUUGGAACUCUACUGUUCUCCAUACUUUUGAUGAUGUUGUUUGGAAUGUCAGUUGGUGUCUAUAUGGAAAUGUUCUCAGUGUUUCUGGGGGUGAUAAUAAAGUAACAGUUUGGAAACAAAGUUUAGAAGGAAAUUGGCAAUGUAUCAGUAGCGAUGUUUCUAAAAGCCCAGGACAAAUUAAUCAGUGAAUAGUGACACACUGAUGUAAAGAUUGUACUAAAAUUUUAUAUUCACAUGAAUUCUCUGAAAAUACAAAUAACGAAUUAUUGUUAA